AUGAAGUCGGCUAUUGCUGAUCUCUGCGUCAGCAAACGGGAAGCUCCUGAAAAUUUUCAGAAAUAUUACAAAACCACGCCCACUUACAGGGAAGGCUGCGAUUGGCGACCGCCGUUCAAGUUGGCCGUUGAUAUCGACCAAUGGAGGGGGCGUUACUGCGCAGCCGUAGCGAAGGCUUCAGCGGCGCGGGUCCGCUACGAGCCAGACGCUACCCCGGAUCUGCUACGCCUAGCGACUGAAAAAAUGUAA